CCCUACCAAUCCUUUCUGCUUAUCCCUCCAAGCCGACAAAACUCGACGCCAAUGCCGCUAUAUUAAGAGAAUGGCCUGAUGUACUCUCCGGCAGCCAACCUGGUCUGCCGUCCAAGCGCACGAUGCUAACCGCCGAGAAGCCCUGAGACUGGCGGGGUAUUGGACGAGUGAUGGCAAAGGUAUUGGCUUGGAUAAAAGAUGUUCGCAGGCGGCCACGCAAAUAUAGAGACAUGCCCUCCGUUCUGGUAGCGAGUUGUUGGUAUUCCUCCAGUUGAUCGAACGUCCUUCACGCCAGCCUCGUGUUACCUCAUAUCCAAUUCAUCCUCCCGUCCACGCCGCAUUCCACGGCACAUCGACAUCAUGAGCAGGCCUCUCCUCCUCUCAUUCCUCCUCUCAUUCCUCCUCCCUCUGCUCGCCCUUGCUCAGGACUCCUCCUCGGGCAGCGAGCUUCCUCCUCCCGGCUACAACGGCGGUAGCGAUAACCCGCAAGACCCUAGCGAUGCUGGUGCUGCGGGAACACAGAAGGGUGCUUUCUCGCUCUCGGGAGGUGCUAUCGCAGCGAUCAUUGUCGUCGCCGUUCUAGUCGUUCUUGGAUCCAUCGCAUCGGGUGUACUUUGGUGGCUUGCGAAGAAGCGCCAGUGGGACGUUCGAGCAUCCAUCCGCCGUGCGUCUCGUCGCUUUACUGGCCGCGCGAACAACGACACCGGCAAGCAGAACCGCGAGAACCGAAGGACAGGCAUCAGACUCAACUCGCCGCCCCCGGGCAAGAACGCCAACAAGAUGCGCGAUAUCGAGAAGGGCCUUCCUCUGUCCAACAAGGCGCCACAAACUACAACUACCAUCACGAGCGUGAUGAGGUGAAGCUCCAAAGGCAUAGCAUAGACUAUCUGGAAGCAACACGAGCGCCGCCACGCGGGUCGAGGCACCCGUCGAUGAGAAAGACGAUAGCAGAGUUUAGAACAGGACGCCUUGCAGCUUGCAUCCGUCGCAAUGCGCACAUGCAUACCGCACCCUUCAUGCGGCCUAUCAUAGCAUGCAGAGCAUGCGUCUUUCGGGCGUACACGAAUAUCACGGCAACGAUAGCACUUGGGAAGCGGUCGAUGGCCGCCUAGGACUCUGGAGCAUUUGCACUUUGGGUAUCAUUAUUUUCUUGUCAGCAUCUUAUGAUACCACGCUUUUUCGGACGUAUGGAUAAUGGACGCAUCGGUCAGCGUCGAUAGGGUCAAGACGUAGACCGUAGAGUUCGAUAGUACCUAAAUAUGACUAUAACCACAUUUCCAAAGACCCCAAAUUUUCUACCCAC